AUGGAGAAAAGUAGGAACUCGCUGAUGCUCUGUUUCUCUGCGAUGCUGCUGUGGUUUCUCUCCGCCGCUGCCGGCGCCGCCGGCUAUCUGUACACUCUGUCCUGCAGCCCCGACAAGUACUUCAAGGGCGACAAGGAGCUCCGGACGGGCAUCACGGUGGUGCUCCAGAGUCUGGUUCAGGACUCGUCGGAUCCGGGGGGAACCCAGAUCAAUUGGGAAUUCCAAUACCCUGCCGACGAUCCUCACUUCUACGGCGCCGCCUUUUGCCGGCUGCCGGAACCGGAGGAAUGCGGGCGGUGUCUCAGGAGGGCUAGGAAGACGCUCCUCCACGAAUGUGACCACAGCGCCGGUGCUGAGUUCCGCUGCGAGGUAAGAGCAGCACAGGAAAUCCAGGCAGCCCUCAAUGCAGUCGUAGAAGCAGGAACAACUGCCACAGGAGAAGAAGAAGAAGAAGGGGAAAGAGGAAAGAAGGGAUGA